AUGCAUGCGUCGUCCUCGCAAGGCCUCGCUGACGGCCGGCACAAGCCCAUCAAGUCGUACGUACCUGAUGCACCUGAUGUGAAGCGGCCUGGAAUUGGCCGCUUCGGAGGCAAGCCUGCUGCUGCCGUGCUUGCACCUGCACCUGUGGUCGUCAGUGCUGCUGCAGUCACACCGUCUGCUGUGGUUGCGCCUGUGGUGGUGCCUGAGGUAGCGCCUGUGGCUCCAGUGGCUUCAACCACACCACAGGUGGCUGAAGCGAGUUUGACCACAGAAACGUUAUUCGUGGAGGCGAGUGCACGUGCUGCUGAUCCGAGUGAAAAAACGAGGUGGGCGAAGCUGCGUCAGGAGGUUCGAGCUAUGGACAUUGCAAUGACACGUGCUGCUUACCUGAGGUGGGACAAGCUGACAGCAUCUCCAGUUGCGGGAUCACGUGGUGGUGCAUCAUCAGUGAGAGCAGCUAACAAUGCCAGAAGCAGACAAGCGGGUGGGGUGAAGAGGAGAGAGGAGGGUGGGUGUGGGGAGGGAGCAGCAGGGAGGGCAGCAGGUGGAAGGCAGGGUGGUGUGAAGGCAGCAGGUGGCAGAGCAGUGGCAAGUGGCGUGUGUGGCAGGGAGGGGGUGAAGCAGCAGGCGGGGAGGAGAGAGGGUUUGGUGCAUGAGAGGCAGGCGAGGCCAGGCUGCAGCAGCAGCAGCAGGGCGCACAGAAGGAGCUCCUGA